AUGCGUGGCGUCAAGGUUGUCCAGAUCCCGACCACCCUCCUGGCCAUGGUCGACUCGUCGGUCGGCGGCAAGACUGCCAUUGACACCCCGCACGGCAAGAACCUCAUCGGCGCCUUCUGGCAGCCGUCGUACAUCUUUGUCGACCUGGCGUUCCUCUCUACGUUGAAUCAGCGCGAGUUCUCGAACGGUAUGGCCGAGGUCGUCAAGACUGCCGCCAUCUGGAAGGCCGACGACUUUGCCGACCUCGAGUCGCGUGCUGCCGAGAUCUCGUCGGCGGUUGUUACCAAGGCUGAGGGUGUCAACGGCCGCUUUGAGAAGGACCGUUCAGUGCCCCAGGCGCUCCUUCUCAAGGUCGUCUCGGGCUCGAUCUACGUAAAGGCCCACAUUGUCACCAUUGACGAGCGCGAGACUGGUCUCCGUAACCUCGUCAACUUUGGCCACACUAUUGGUCACGCCAUCGAGGCCGUCCUCACUCCCACCAUUCUCCACGGCGAGUGCGUCGCCAUCGGUAUGAUCCUCGAGGCCGAGGUUGCCCGCCAGCUGGGUGUCCUCUCGCAGGUGGCUGUUGGCCGCCUUACUCGCGCUUGUGCGGCCUACGGUCUCCCCGUCUCAAUGUCGGACCGCCGCAUUGCCUCACUCCCCGCUGCUUCGCAGCUGACAGUCGACCGUCUCCUUGACAUUAUGCGCAUUGACAAGAAGAACUCGGGCCCCGCCAAGAAGAUUGUUAUUCUUAGCCGUAUCGGCAAGACCUACGAGGAGAAGGCUACAGUUGUUGCCGACGAGGUUAUCCGCAAGGUCCUUUGCGAGUCGGCCACCGUCAUCGCCGGUAUCCCUACCAAGUCGCCCGUGACCAUGGCCACGCCCGGCUCCAAGUCGCUCUCGAACCGUGCGCUUGUCCUCGCCGCUCUUGGCAAGGGUACAUGUCGCGUUAAGAACCUCCUCCACUCGGACGACACUGCCGUCAUGAUGAACGCGCUCUCCGACCUCAAGGGUGCCAAGUUUUCGUGGGAGGACGGAGGUGAGACCAUUGUCGUCGAAGGCGGCGAGGGCAAGCUCUCGCCUCCCCCCAACGGCAAGGAGCUCUACCUCGGCAACGCCGGUACCGCUGCUCGUUUCCUUACCACCGUGUGUGCCAUUGUGCAGCCCACUGAGGAUAAGCAGACCGUGAUUACCGGUAACGCUCGCAUGAAGCAGCGCCCAAUUGGUCCUCUUGUCGACGCUCUCAAGGCCAACGGUGCCGAGGUUCAGUACCUCGAGGGCGCCGGCUGCCUUCCGCUUAUGAUUGGCGUCGACGGCCUCAAGGGUGGCCACAUUCAGCUCGCCGCUUCGGUCUCGAGCCAGUAUGUCUCGUCGAUCCUCCUCUGCGCUCCCUACGCUCGCGAGCAGAUUACUCUCGAGCUCAUCGGCGGCCAGGUCAUCUCGCAGCUCUACAUUGACAUGACCAUUGCCAUGAUGGCUCAGUUUGGUGUUCACGUCGAGCGCCAGAAGGAUGCCAGCGGCAAGCUCCUCGACGUCUACGUCAUCCCCAAGGCUGUCUACGUCAACCCCGCCGAGUACAACGUCGAGUCGGAUGCCUCGAGCGCUACCUACCCUCUCGCCAUUGCUGCCAUUACCGGCACUACCUGCACCAUCUCCAACAUUGGCUCGGCUUCGCUCCAGGGUGAUGCUCGUUUCGCCAAGGAGGUUCUCGAGCCCAUGGGCUGCAUCGUGGAGCAGACUGCGACCAGCACAAAGGUCACUGGUCCCCCUGUUGGCCAGCUCCGUGCCCUCGGCAACGUCGACAUGGAGCCCAUGACCGACGCCUUCUUGACUGCUUCGGUUCUCGCUGCUGUCGCCACACUCCCAUGCCUCCCCGGCCGCGAGGUUGAGGGUCUCCCCGCCAACGGCUCGCGCAUCUACGGCAUUGCCAACCAGCGUGUCAAGGAGUGCAACCGCAUCAAGGCCAUGCGCGACGAGCUGGCCAAGUUUGGAGUGGAGAGCGACGAGUUUGACGACGGAAUCAUCCUCUUUGGCAAGAAGUGGGAGUCGCUCAACACCGGUGUCUCCGUCCACUGCUACGACGACCACCGCGUCGCCAUGGCCCACGCCGUUCUUGGCUGCCUCAUCGACGGCACCAUCCUCGAGGAGAAGCGCUGUGUCGAGAAGACGUGGCCCAACUUCUGGGACGACCUCCAGAACAAGAUUGGUAUCCAGUUUGACGGUGUCGAGCUAGACACCCACAACCAGGCGUCGACCUCGGGCGGCCCCGUGGCGCAGAACAAGCCCGUCUUCCUGAUUGGUAUGCGCGGCGCCGGCAAGACGUACAUUGGCCAGAUUGCCGCCGAGGCCCUUGGUGGCGAGUACUCGGACGCCGACGCCGUUUUCAUUGAGAAGGUUGGCCAGACCGUCGCCGAGUAUGUGGCAGACAACGGUUGGCCCGCGUUCCGCGAGACCGAGACCAGGAUCCUCGCCGACUUCAUCAAGGAGACGCGUGGCAACCACGUUAUCUCGCUUGGUGGCGGUGUCGUCGAGACUGAGGCUGCCCGCAAGAUGCUGGCAUCCCAUGUCGCCAGCGGCGGUAUCGUCGUCCACAUCCAGCGUGACCUCGAGGACAUUGCGGCCUACCUCGACAAGAUUGGUGGCACGGCUCAGCGUCCCCAGUGGGGUGAGGAGUUUGCCGACGUGUACCGCCGUCGCAUGCCCUGGUUCGCUGGGUGCCGCUCGCACGAGUUUAUGAACAUUCUGGAACCCCUCGGUGGCCAGACUCAGGACGACCACCACCGCGCUAUGCGCAACGAGUGUGAGCGCUUCUUCAAGUUUGUGACCGGCCGUGCGACCAACCGCCCACUCAUCGCGGGCCCCAACGCCAAGCCGACGUCCUUCCUGUCGCUCACCUACCCCGACCUCGAGUUCGCUUACUUCAACAUGGACGAGCUCACCGAGGGCGCCGAUGCCAUCGAGCUCCGUGUCGACCUCCUCUCGCCCGACGGCGUUUCCCCCACCACCCCUACCAUCCCGCCUGCGGACUUUGUUGCCAAGCAGCUGGCCAAGCUCCGUCUUGUGUCGGACCUGCCCAUCGUCUACGCCGUCCGCUCCAAGAACCAGGGCGGCUUCGUCCCUUCGAAUGACCCCAAGGGCUACGCCGACCUCGUUCAGCUUGGCCUCCGCAUGGCGGCCGAGUACGUUGACCUUGAGCUGGCGUGGCCCGGUGAGGUCCUUGCGGCAGUCCACGCCGCCAAGGGCGAGAGUGCCAUUAUUGCCUCGUGGCACGACUGGACUGGCAAGAUGAAGUGGGACGGCCCCGAGGUGGCCGCCAAGUUUGCCGAGGGCUCCAAGAUUGGCGACAUUGUCAAGAUUGUGGGCACUCCCCUCAGCACUCAGGACAACAUUGCCCUUGCUCUCUUUGCCGAGCGCAAGCGUGCCGACCCCACCAACAAGCCGCUCCUCGCUAUCAACAUGGGCCCCAUUGGCCAGCUUUCACGUGUCCUCAACCCCGUCAUGACCCCGGUCACCCACUCGGCUCUCCCAUUGCGCGCCGCUCCCGGUCAGCUGACUUCGUACGAGCUUAUCCAGGCGCGUGCCCUUGUUGGUCUGGAGCGACCUAAAAAGUUCUGGCUCUUUGGCUCGCCCGUUGGUGCCUCGUGCUCCCCCGAGAUCCAGAACACUGGUUUCCAGACUCUUGGCUUCCCCCACGUCUUUGACAAGCACGAGACUGCCGUUGUCGAUGACGCGCUUGAGGCUGUCCUCGCCGACCCCGACUUUGGCGGCGCCGCCGUGACUAUCCCCCUGAAGCUCGACAUCAUGUCGCAGCUGCAUGCGGUCAGCGACCACGUCAAGGUCAUUGGUGCCGUCAACACCAUUAUCCCGCGUGUUGGCGCCGAUGGCCAGCGCGAGCUGCACGGCGACAACACCGACUGGCGCGCUAUCCGCCAGGCAACGCAGGAGAACCUCAACCCGGCCCUCGCGUCGGGCCCUGACGGUCUCACCACCCUCGUGAUCGGUGCGGGCGGCACCACCCGCGCCGCCAUCUACGCUCUCCACCAGGCUGGCGCGCGCACCAUCAUGCUCUUCAACCGCACCCGUCCCAACGCCGACGCGGUCGCCGCCGCCUUCCCCGAGGAGUACGGCAUCGUCGUUGUCGAGUCGCUCGAGAACCUCCCGGCCCAGCCUGCCGUCGUCGUCUCCACCGUCCCCGGAGCCUCCCUCACCACCGUCCCCGGUAACGAGGCCAUCUACCUGCCUCCCUCGGUCCUCGCGGCCAAGGGCGGUGUCGCUAUUGACAUGGCCUACAAGCCGUACAAGACCGCCCUCCUCGAGGCCGGUGAGGCUGCCGGCUGGACGGCCGUGUCUGGCAUUGAGCUGCUCUGUCUCCAGGGCUUCAAGCAGUUUGAGCUCUGGACUGGCAAGCACGCGCCCUCGGACAAGAUGCGCAAGGCCGCCAUGGCCAAGUACUUUGCCGCUUAG